AGAGAUCAAUCAACAUGUCUGGUAGACUAUGCCGUUUGAUAAUAAUGUACAUGUCUGUCCAUUUGUCCUUUGCUGCACUAGAAGACCUUGAAACCCGAAUGGAAAGCAAAUUUCACCAUUUGGAACGUCUUUUAGAAAAACAAAAUGAACGUAUUCAACGUCAGGAGGACGAAAUAAUUCAGCUGAAGAACGAUCUAGUCAAUAAUCAGAAAUCAGAUCUUCGCAAAGAGAGAGAGAUGACUUUUUUGAAAGAAUUAGUAUCAAAACUCUCUAGUCAAAGUACAGGACGAAAAAUUGGAAACAAUAAUGUUGCAGGAAAUCACAUAACAGAGACAGAAAAAUAUAAGCGAUUACUUGUUGGUAGCAUAGUCCCUACCGACGUCCCGCUUCCACGUACUACUGCCUUCUAUGCCUACAUGAGUCACAAUGACCUUAGUCAAGGAAAAGGUCGCACACUAAAAUUCGACGUCAUAAAAACAAACAUCAAUGGUGGCUACAAUCCAUUUUCUGGAAUAUUCACGAUACCAGAUGACGGUGUAUACGUGUUUACGUUUAGCUUGAGGUUAUAUUCAGGGGUUUAUGGAGCCUACGAAAUAAUAAAAAACGCCGACGUUGAAGGUGCAGCAAUAGGAAUUAUCGAGGGUACUUCCACACAGUUACAAGUUACUGAAACAAUUGUAUUUUCUGCUAAUAAGGGCGAUAUUGUCUAUGUAAGAACACAUCCAACUAUCACUCAUACAGGAGGUGUUCAGACUAAUGAGCAUGGAAGAUCCAUGUUCGCUGGAUGGCAGAUUUAG